AUGGCGUUGCAACCUGGACUGUUUUACGCUUAUGCAAAGAACAUCAAAGACGAUCACACAUAUCGGUAUCUCAUCACCUUUUCUUCAAGAAAGAUUGCAGAUGAGUGGUGGAGAGCGGUUUCGGACUCUGUUGCUGGCGGUUAUCGUCGGUUCGCAAACGUGGACCGAGUUUCAAUGCAAUGGUACACCCAUGACCCCAGUGGUCAUGGAAAUAUAUUUGAGACCGUCAACGACGAUCGUUGCGCAUUGAAAUUUAGGGGCCAGGUCAUGUUUACCUUGCUGAUGGACAGAGGCGGUCGCAACCUUUCCAUUGCCCCGGUCCUGAAUUACGUUGACCACAAGAGUGGCCAAAGGUUUUUCAUUCGAUCCGCGUUGAUACCAAAUCUAUUCUGGUUCUACAGUCCUGACGACCAACAAAUCCGUGCAUCUUCUCAACAACGCACUGCAUUUUUCGUCGAUAUAGUCGGGGCCGACAAAGAAAAUGGUGGGAGGAUCAUGAUUGGGUCGGAUAAGGUUUCCAUUGCUGCCCACCGAGGGAAAUAUUUGGCGGUUGGGAAGAGUGGAGCUGAAUUUUUUAAUUUCUCCGAUUUUGACGGCAAAUUCAAAAGAGGGGUUGUGGACUCCGAGGGUGAAUUGGUCGUUCAUGGUCAAUUUGGGGAGAGGUGGGAACUUGUAUUUUAA